CGCGCGAGGCACUCUCCAGUCCACACACAUAGACAGACGGUUCGGGUCCCCGUGUGGGACAUGCGUGGCGGUGUCCUCCUGUUGGGACUCCCUUCGUGCUGAGGGGGGGAAAAAGGAGCGCCUCCUCCUCCUCCUCCCUCCCGCAUUGGCACCACCGCCAUAAAUGCUUCUCUUGCUCUCCGCCUCAGAGGCGCGCAGCCGAGGAGGAGGAGGAGGAGGCGGCGGCGGCGGCGCCUUCUUCUUCCAAAAGAAGAAAGGCGAGAUUGAGAGAAGGGCCUUGGCCGCCUCCUGCCAGCGGGCCUGAAGGGUUCCCCGCGGCCGCCAUGAACCAGGCCCCGCACCCCGGCAAAGAUGCCCCGGCUGGAGGAGGAGGAGGAGGAGCCGCGGCAGAAGGAGGAGGCAUGGGCCCGGCCCCGCCGCCGCCGCCCGCCACCUCAGGGAUGCCGCCGCCGCCCAGCCUGCCCCAACUCAUCCAAAACGCUGCCAAACUUCUGGACAAGAAUAUAUUUACUGUCAGCACCCCAAAUCCACUGCUUCCUUCUCCAGCAAAUCUUCAGCUUGCUCAAUUGCAAGCCCAGCUUACUCUACACAGGCUAAAAUUGGCUCAGACAGCAGUCACUAACAACACAGCAGCUGCAACGGUCCUGAAUCAAGUUCUUUCCAAAGUGGCCAUGUCUCAGCCACUAUUCAACCAAUUAAGACACCCUUCCAUGUUUAACACCUCCCAGGGGCAUGCUGGAGGGCCUGGAGUUACCAGCACUCGAUUUCCACCUGGCGGAUUACAUUUCCCAACACAGAACCCCACUUUGGCAGCACCAGCUGUAACCUUGGGACCUGUAGGUAACCUUCAAAAUCAGAACCCAAAUACUGUGGUCAUAAAUCCAUUUGGGGGUGUAAUAUCUCAGACAGCUGGACAACAGGCUGUAGUUAUGGGUCUGAAUAAAACUGGCAUCUCCUCUGCUACAGGUGGAUUUUAUGACUAUGGUAAACAAGUAUUUCCUUCUGAUGCUGAACAGUGUGGCCAACACAGCUUUGCAACCAGUGGGCCCCAUUCAGUCUCAACAUCCUCUGGAGGUGGAACAUAUGAUGGUCAUUUUGGUAAACAUGACAACCCGCUAGGAUUUCAGAAAGAUUUUUAUGCUUCUAAAGGACAACAUACAACUGGUAUACAAUCUUUGACGUUUUCUGGUGACCCGCAUAAUUCUCAUCAGAUCAUAACUCAAAAGAGUGAAGCAGGACCUGUAAUUCAUGAAACAGAAACAAAUAAUCAGUGGGGAAAUCCUUCUACUUUCUCUAGCCAAAAUAAACCUGACAUCAUGCCCAGUGCCAGCAUGUGGCCAUCAACAAGUGUCCCAUAUGAAAUGCGCAAUGAUCUCUACAAUCCUGAAGAACCAACGUCUGAUACAAAAUUUAAUACUGGUACACCACUUGUUUUCAGUAGAGCCACAAACAAUAAGCAGAAUUUCAAUAACUCACGAAUGAGACAGCAGCAGGAACCACUUACGCCUGAUUUGUCAGUGAGACCUCUUCAGUCUCAUGAGCUAAAUGAUUUUCACUGUUUAGCUCCUCUUUGCUUUCCACACAUCUGUACUUUAUGUGAUAAGAAAGUCUUUGAUAUAAAGGACUGGGAUCAGCACAUUAAAGGAAGUCUUCACAUUCAAAAAUGCAUGGCUUUGUCAGAAAAUACUGAUGUUAGGUGCAUGUUAAAUUCUGCAGAAGGAAUUAUGCAUUCCUCUUCUCCAAAUAAUACAUCUAUGUUUCAUCUUUCUGGUACUGAAGAUUACCCUUUAAAUGCUGCGUCAGCAUAUAAUUCCGCAUUUGGUCAGACAUGCUCCGCAUUAUCUUCCAUGGCACCUGGAGAAAAUCUGUCAGAAAAGAAUAGUACACCAGGCCGUGUAGUACACAUCUGUAAUCUUCCUGAAGGAAGCUGUACAGAGAACGAUGUUAUCAAUCUAGGACUUCCCUUUGGAAAAGUUACCAAUUAUAUCCUUAUGAAAUCAACCAAUCAGGCUUUUCUAGAAAUGGCAUAUACUGAGGCUGCUCAGGCUAUGGUGCAGUACUACAAAGAGAAACCUGCAAUAAUAAACGAUGACAAAUUACUCAUUAGGAUGUCUAAACGAUACAGAGAACUUCAGCUAAAGAAACCAGGUAAGAAUGUGGCAGCAAUAAUCCAGGACAUCCACUGUCAAAGAGAACGGGGUAUGUUGCGGGAAGCUGACAGGUAUGGACCAGAAAGGCCUCGGUCACGCAGCCCCAUAAGCCAUUCACUUUCUCCAAGAUCACAUACUCCAAGCUUUACUUCCUGUAGUUCUCCCCACAGUCCACUGAGCACAAACAGGACAGAAUGGGGGAAUGGAAGAGAUACAUGGGAUCAACCUCCUUUUUCUCGAAGGGAUGAGGAAAGAGAAAUGGUGCCCCGCAGAGAGAAUGGGGAAGAUAAAAGAGAUAGGACUGAUUCAUGGGUUCAUGAUAGAAAGCAACAUUAUUUACGUCAUCUGGACAAACUUGACUCAGAAGAGCGUCUUGAAGGAACCAGAGGGCACAGAGAAAAAUAUUUUAGAGGGAGUUCACCUACUGCAAAGGGAGCUUAUAAUUUGCCUGGACAUAAGAGCAGAGAAGAAGACUACUACAGAAAGCCAUCUAGGCAAAAAACAGAUAAAUAUCAAAAACAGGCACUCGAUACGGGGUCAAAGUAUAAAAAAAAAGAAGAGGCAAAAUUAAGAGAGCACAAACAGUCUCACUCUGAAGACUUAGCUAAGGAAGAAGCAGCAGACCAAAAGUCUAACAAGAUGUUUGACAACAUCAAGCAAAAGCAAAGUGAUAAAGAAAGGGGCAAAGAUACUAAUAAGAUCUCAAAAGAAGAAAUAUCUUGUGUAGCUGAAGAACUCAGUGUGAAGCAAGGAAGUGAGAAUGAGGUCGAAAAUAAAGAUAUCCAUAUGGAGAACAGUCCUAUAAAUAAGAAGAUGAAAGAAACAGAAGAUUCUGUAGAAAACUCAAGAAAAGAAAAGGACUGGGAGAGUGGAAGUGAGAUGGAAGCUGAGACCUGGUAUCCCGCUAAUAUGGAAGAGCUGGUAACUGUAGAUGAGGUGGGAGAAGAUGACCUUAUCAUGGAACCUGAUAUAACUGAACUUGAAGAAAUAGUAACAGUAGGUCAGAAAGACCAAGAAUGUCCUGUAAUGAGUGCUUUAGCUACCAGAGCGGAGGUGAAGAAUGAGCAAAGCCUAAUAAAGAAAAGCGAAGACAAAUCUAAAGAAAUGGAACCAGCCUUAGUGUCAGAAGAGGGGACAAUAGGGAAUAUCAGUGUCUCUGAAAAUGAUAAUACAACUAUUAAAGCAGCACAUCUAAAUCUGGACACUGAGCUGCAGCCACAUGAAUCGCAUGAAGGCAGUCCUGCAAGGGAUCCCGAUUGCUGUGAUAAAGAAAGAAAAAUAAACGAAAGCACUGAUAACCAUUUGAAGCUGGAGGAGCAGUGUGUUUCUCCUGGUCCUCCAAAAGAAGAGCUCUUCCAGCAGAAUGCCACUUCGAUAGAUGAUUUUAAAGCAAUGCAAUCAUUAGAAAGUGAGAGUAGAAAAGCUAUGGAGAUGCUGGCACAAAAUACCCAGGAAGAAACCAGCUAUGGAAAUCAGGCGCUUCAAAGGACUCAGGUAAACAGUACAUAUCAGGAAAUGAAAACUCCUAAUUUCCCAGAAGUAGAAUCAAAAAGAUCAUAUUUUUCACCAUCAUGGGAACAAGAAGAUGUGUUUACAGAGCUCAGCAUUCCCCUAGGAGUGGAAUUUGUUGUGCCCCGAACUGGGUUCUACUGCAAACUUUGUGGGCUUUUCUACACAAAUGAAGAAGCAGCAAAGACUCGUCAUUGUAGAAGCACUGUUCACUACAAAAAUCUUCAGAAGUACCUGUCACAGCUGGCAGAAGAAAACCUGAAGGUGACGGAAAAAGAAAGCAGUUUGGCACAAGAUGAUAUUGGAAUCAUCCCUCACUUUGAAGAGAAAAAGCUAUGAUUUUGAUUCAUUUGAAAGAACAUACAAUUGUUUUUCUUUUCUUUUUUUGUUAUGCUGAUGAUGCACCUUUACCUUUUACUCUGUGGAAAGAGGGAAAGCAUAAUGGAGAGUUUGUUCUAUGCAUCUAUCUGGAGAGCAUCAUUAUGAAAAACAUAUACAGUGAAAUAACCAUGACCUAUCUAUAUAACCAGCAGACUAUAACGGGUACAGCUCUCGAAAUCAGAAUUCUCAGGGAUUUUCUCAGUGUUAGUUAUGACUUGAGGUAAAAAAAAUAGUAUAAAUUAUCUAGAAAACCUAAUUGGAAAUUCGAAAAAUCCUGUUAAAAUACUUCUAUUUAUUCAGGUCUUACAAUCACACCCAGCAUCAAUACUAAUAGCAAUAUCACUGCCUUGUAUAACAUAGUCCGUGAUCCAUACAGCACUUUUUUCUGUACCUGAACAUGUUUCAGAAGACUGAAAUUAGAAAGCUUCCAGCAUAUUAUGUUCCAGGUUUUGUCCCUGGUAGAAUGGAUAAUAAAUCUCAUGGGCUUUCCAUAAAACAUACUUCUAGUUGCUCUAUUGUAGUCUUGUUACUGUUAUAUCUGCAUAAAUUUGCACAUGGAUGAACUCAUA